AUUGCUCCGUGUUUCACUCAUUCACCAAGAAUACAGGCACUUCUUUUGACUCAGUGAGUCGCGCCAUUAAUCUCUCCCUCUUUUUGACUUCUGUGAGGCAAACAGAAGAUGAUACAAUUAUCUAAAGUGAUUAAUCUUAAUUUUUUAGUACUCAUUGUCGGUGCUACUGUCUACUCGUAACUCUCGUACUCUUCGAAUCUCUUUUCUCCAUUGUUAUGCUACAUUCUUUUCAGUUCCUUCAGUCCACUCCCCCCCACUUUCAAUUAUGAUUCCUGCAAAUUCACAUAAUUUCUCAUCAGAAAUCCAGAAAUCAAACAAACCCAAAACCCUCAAUUUCUUGAAGACCACUUUGAAUUCAAUACAGACCUACUUUUCUUCGCACCCUCGUUUCUGGCUCUUCAUUACUUUCCUCUUCGUUCAAGCCCUCGUCAUUUUCAUCGUUCGCACUCCGCCACCGUCUCUCCCGGCUGAAUACGCCACCGUCUCUGCCUCCGACAACCAUUUACCCCCUCCAAUCACCAUCAUCUGCAACAACACUCGAAGUGAGACUGAUACACCCCCGCCCGAGGUCGAAGAAUGCGGGAUCGGGAAAAUUUACGUGUACGACCUUCCUUCCAUGUUGAACAAAGACUUGGUGCUAGCCAAUUGCACUGACCUUAACCCAUGGAACUGGCAGUGCGGCAUAGUUCCAAACCACGGAUACGGCAACGCAGCGACGGAAUUCGCCGGAAUCUUUCCGGGGACUCUUUCUUCAUCUUGGUACCGUACCAAUCAAUUCUCCCUAGAACUAAUAUUUCACCACCGUAUGUUGCAUCAUAAAUGCAGAACACUGGAGCCAGAAUCUGCUACGGCGUUCUACAUACCAUUUUACGCUGGACUUGCUGUUGGGAAAUUCUUGUGGGGUAAUGACACUGCUAAAAGGGACUGGCAUUGUCGUAUGAUGCUUCAAUGGGUCAAGAAACAAAAGUCUUGGCAAAGAUCCAACGGCUCAGAUCAUUUCAUGGCGGUAGGUAGAAUUACAUGGGAUUUUCGCCGGUUGACGGAUCCCGGCAAGCUCUGGGGUUCCAGCUUUCUGAACAUGCCGGAGAUGCAACAAGUUACCCGCUUCACAAUAGAGAAAGCUCCAGGGGACUACUACGAUGUCAGUGUACCCUACCCCACCGGAUUCCACCCCAAAACAAAGAAACAUAUCCAAGAAUGGCAAAACUUCGUGCGUUACUACAAUCGGUCCAGUCUCUUCACCUUCAUCGGGGCAAAACGCGGCGAGAUAAAGAACGAUUUUAGAGGGCUUUUACUAAGUUACUGUUACAACGAGUCGGACUCGUGCCGAGUGGUAGACUGUGGAGUGACUCAGUGUUCCACCGAUUCGUCCGCGAUUCAUAAAGCAUUGCUUGGGUCACAUUUCUGUCUGCAGCCGAGGGGGGAUAGUUUUACUCGGCGGUCAGUUUUUGAUUGCAUGGUGGCCGGUUCGGUUCCAGUUUUUUUCUGGAAGAGGACCGCUUAUGAUCAAUACGAGUGGUUCUUACCGACCGACCCAAAAAGUUACUCGGUGUUCAUAGACCACGAGGAUGUGAGGAAUGGGAAAUCGAUAAAAGAAGUUUUAAUGAGGUACAGUGAACAGGAGAUAAGGAGGAAGAGAGAAAAUUUGAUAGAAGCAAUUCCCCGGAUAAUUUAUGCAAAGCCUAAUAAGGGAUUGGGAAGCUUUAGGGAUGCAUUUGAUAUCGCUGUUGAUGAGGUUUUGAGGAGGAUCAAGCUGGAAAAAGAAUGGGCUGAUUUUGUCGAAUGACGAUAAUUAGGUAAAUGAACCAAUUCUUUGGUUCUUUUAUAUACAUAAUAUAAUCUAUAGAUGGUGAGUUUAAUUUUACAUUGUAAUCGUUCGCAAGAAUUCAGUUCAAACUUUAUCGAAUUCGAUAUCCCAAAAUAAAGUAAGUGAAUUCUUCCUUCA